AUGAGUCGAAGGAGCUCAAAUGCUUCUGUCGAUGACAAAACAACGCAGCAAGCACCAGGAUCGUCUAUAAUUGUAGAAACUAAACCUAAUCUCGAUAAAGACGAGUUUGAACAAUAUUCUUCUAAAGCAGUAUUCACAGAAGAUCCAUUGCCUGAAAAAAUGGUAUUCCCAACGAUUGACAAUUACAUUGUAUAUAUGAAUCAUGUUGCUUAUAGUGAUUCAAGAUUCGCCAGAGGAAAGAUAUUAUCUUAUACUAUAGCAGUGAAACAGCAAAUUGAAAAAACUCGAGUGGAAUUAGAACAACUGCUCGAAUCAGUGAAAGUAGAGCAAGAAGAACUAAAUUCUUUAAAUACUACGCCAAUCUUAAAAACAUUAACACGAGAUAAUGCUGAUUUUUGGAGAGCAAGAGUUAUAUUAUACUUAAAACAAGUAAAGUAUUCGAAACAAAUAUCAACAAAUAAGUUAAAUCGUUGUAUUAAAGCGAUGAUGGAUUUAGAUUCAUUAGAAGUAGUUGUAAACGAAUUAAUUGAACAUCCUCGAAAUAUUAUGGUAUCUCAGCAAGCUAUACAAAGAAUCCCUUCAUCCAUAAAAUACGAUUAUGACAUAAAAUUGCAAAUCAAAGCAAAAGCAGUCGAAUAUCAGUUGGCCGAUAUUAAGAUAGCCAUGUCAUUUAUACCUAGACCAUUUAUCAAGCCAGAUUCAUGUGCAACAGCAAUUCAAAAUAUUCUUAAAUCUGCAGCUAACAUUCGCGAUCCAUUGACUCACUAUUUAUCCGACUCUUACGAAUCUGCAACCUUUGGAGAUUUCAUACAAUCCAGAUUUUCGCCAAUUCGCUACACAGAAAAAGAACCAGAUACAAUUGACAAUUUGAUCGAACUUACUGUUGAAAUGAUCAAGAGUUUCGCAGGAAUAAAGCAGCCUGAACAAAUAAAUGCCCUUGCAGAUUUCUCUGUUCGUUAUUGGUUCAAAAGAUUACAAGUAUGUGAAGAAUUUUAUCAGCAAUACGACCCAAAGAUACCAAAUUAUCUUGCUUCUCUACGGAAUAAGAAGAUUUCGGAGCUCGGACCACCAAAAACUUUCGAAAAAAUGAUGCAUAAUUAUCUUAAUAUGAAACCUGCUGAGUUUUUCGCUAGUUUUCAGUUACUCAAUCAAUCUAUAGAGAAUCUACUUGCUCUAUGUUUCGAAAAUAGCCCUGUAGAGAUAUCUUUAGAGGCUUAUAUUAUUAAUUUAAGAUUUGCCGGGUUUUCUGCUCCAUAUCUUAAGAAGGAUAUUCAUGACAAGCUCACUAUCGAAUGGGUUGUCUUUUUAUGGAAAAUUGUCUUCAUUUUAUCAGAUCUUCCAUAUCCAGAAAAGAUUUUUGAGUUUGUAAAGAAAUACUAUGUCUUGGCCCGUAUCCCAAAAAUGCUCCUCGACGGGGCGCUUUUAGCUUACUCCGUCAUUACUGAUAUGAUUUCAAAAAUGAACAAAAAUCAUAAAGAAACUGUUUGA